AUGGCAUAUCCUUUGCAGUUCGAAACAGAGACACGGGUUUUGCACAUUGAAACUAGAGACGUUGACGAACACAGUAAUUCCCCCAGCAGUCAGGAACCGAACAUUUCGUCUACUGCCACUGGUGAAACAAAUACAGCAACGUCAGCACCAUUAGACAGCUCAACUGCAAGUGUCUACACGUUGCUAUCAACGCCAUCAAACGAGACUUCAACUAACUCUUCCCAGCCGUAUCAGACCACUUCAGCGCAUGCCAAUGGGGGUCAUGACGUGGCAACAGCCAUAGGAGUCGUUGCCAUCCUUGCUGUUGUAACACUGCUCUUCGGCUUGCUCUUGUGCUGUCUGAAGAGAAGGGGAAAACUCAACAAGUGGCCCUGCUUCCAACCCAUGACACGGUCAAGGCGCUCAUCAUCCAGCAGUCGGCAUGUCCUGGAAGAACAUGAGGUGAUGGAAAAUGACACUAGACCUAAACCAGAAGGUCAGUCUGAUGACAGGUUCAGCAUUGACGACAUAGAGAAUGUGACUGAUCCCCAAGAAGGAAGAGAAGAGUAUUACUAUGAUGAAGUGUUUGGACAGUCACAGUUUGAAGACGAGGCUACAAACAGUGCCAUGAGGGAGUUGUACAGCAACAGAACGGAUGUUACUGAAGAAGAGAUGCUUGAUUUGGAUUUUGAAACCUUGGGAAUUAGAAUAACUGAUUACGGUCCAGAUAUUGGAAGGAAAAAUACUGUAUGA